AUGAAUUUGGAUGAUGAAUUAAGAGUUAAAAAACGUUGGAAAUCGAUAAAUGAUGAGCGAGUGUUUUUAUCGAAUAUAAAUGAUUCUUUAUUACCACCGGUUUUGAAAAAUUUUCAAGAUCAAGAAGAUUAUUCCAAUGUUAUGAUUGGAUUAGAAGAUAUACCAAAAAAUGACACAAUCUCAAAGAAAUCACAAUCUUAUAUAAAUUUGAAUAAUGUAAAAGAUUAUGAAAAAAUUCGAAAUAUUUCAGGGUAUUCAUUAACUCCAGGUACAAAUUAUAUUGAAAAAAGACCAGUUUCUCAAAGAUCAUUAAGUGCUCCAUCUAUUACAUUAGCUCCAAUCUCAUCAAAACAUUCGCCACCAAAGAAAUUAAGUCCAAAGAAAAUAUUCAAAUCAAAUAGUCUACAUAAACAUUCAAAUUCAGUAACUACACAAAUUUCAAACUUUUCUUCAAGAUCAAAUUCACCAAAGAAAUUAAAAUCAUUUUUAAAACUACAUAAACAUAGUGUUUCAGUACCUAACUUUCAAACUACAACUAAUUCAAAAUUUAAUCAAUUAAGUCCAAAAAAUAUUGAACCUAUUGAUUUAUGGGAUAUUCAAACAACAACAAAUUUUUCAAUUGAUGAUCAACCUCCACAUACAGGUGAAAAUAGUAGAAUUAGUUCUUUACCAUCACAAGUAAUUGGUGAAUAUGAUAAAGAAAAAUGGCGAACAUUGAAAGUUUUAAAUAAGAAUGAAAAUAUAUAA